GUAUGAUAUAGUUAUAUUUUACCGAAAUUAUGGUAAUUCUGAUGAAUUUUGAAGAAUUUAGUUUUAAAUGCUAAUACUUAGUUGUCUUAUCAUGACGUUUUAUGUCAACUUUUUCCUUGAAAAUUGGAGGAGAAUUUCGGUUAGCAUGAUUAAUUUAACCUAGUCAAUUUUAUUUCUAACGAAGCCAUGCAAUUCUAAAAAAAAACCGCUUAUUGAUUAUCUGUUGCUUCAGCAUUUUAACAUCGUCUAAUACAUCUUUACUAAUAAUGACAAGCGUUACAAAAUCGGUCCAGCUGGAUGUUGUGGAGUUGCUCAAACAAGUCCUUCAAUGGACUCCAUUCUCUAAACCUGGUCUCAACACAGCUCUGUUACAAGCCGCUAAAGUAGGAUCUACUGGUUGCGUGAGGGUCUUACUGAGUGCUGGGGCAGAUGUCGAUUAUGAGGAUGAAGUAGGUGAUACAGCCUUUGUACACGCCUUUCGAGCUAGGCAUUCUGAAAUAAUGCGCGUUUUAUGUGACGCUGGAGCAACAACCGAAAUAGCUAAAAUGAGUGUUGCACUUGCAACACGUGAUCCUGAAUUUGUAAAAUUAUGUGUUGAAUUAGAAAUACCAAUUGAAAAUGAAGAUUGGAAUAGUGCAAGUGGUGAAGAAGUUCUUAUACUCCUUCGAGAUCUGCAAAUCGAUCCAUUCUGUGGAACUUACGGAUUGCACGAUUUUGCCGAUAGCCCCUUUAUGUACUUGGUUCAAGAGGGAAAGCCAGAAAUUGUUCAAUUAUUAUUUGAUCGACAUCCUUGCAUCGACAAAUACAGUGAAGAAGAUUUACAAAUGAAAAUGAACCAAGCUCUAUGGAAAGCUAUAAGAUUCAAAAGAUUAGAUAAUGUCAAAGUAAUUGUAGAAAGCUUACAUGCCGAUAUAAGAGCCAUGGAUGCAAAGGGACGUUGUGCAGUAUUGAUAGCUUGCGAACACGAUGAAACCAUUGCCAAGUAUUUCUUUAAAGAGCACGGUGCAGAUCCUAAUAGUAUAGAUUCUAAAGGUUUAGGCUGCUUACAUUGGGCAGCUCAUGUAGGCUUGAUCUCACUCUGUGAAGACCUGAUAAAUAGGGGCGUCUCCGUUGAAAGAGAGGCGUCUUUAGGGGCAACCUGUUUAAUGGUGGCCUGUUCUGGUAGUCAUACAGAGGUUGCAAAACUCUUUCUGGAAGCUGGUUGCGAUGUGAACAGAGGAACACCGGAAGGGUGGACAGCGUUGCAUGUUGCGACUCAGGCUUCUUCUCCUGAUCUCGUUCAGUUACUGCUUGAAGCGGGCGCCGAACCAAACGUCGCCUCUACUGCCCUUACUCACGGAGACGACGCUGUCUGGGCCAGUACACCUCUUCUCAUAUCCAUAUCACUUGGAAGUAAAGAAAUGCUUCGACACUUACUCGAUUAUAAUGCUGCUAUGGACCAGGAGGGUUUGGUUUGUACUAAUCCUACUGUUGAUAUAAGAAAAAGAUCUCCUCUACAACAUGCUGUACAAUGCAGAGCAUGGGAUAUUGUUGAAGUUCUUGUGAAAGCUGGUUGUGAAAUUGCCAGUAUACAAGACUGGUUAGAUGCUGGUAAGAUUCCCGAUAAUUUUAUUGAAAGCGAUAAGAUAGAGUGGUUAAGACGUUUAGCCGUCAAUACUCGUCUACCCUCUUUGAAAACGUUAGCAAGAAAAGCUGCUAGAGCUAAAUUUGGAAACGAAUUGAAGAAGAUGCUUGAUUUUCUUAGACCGUCAACAACCGUUCGACGACUACUUCUACUUAGAGACCUAUUUUCAGAUUCUAGCGUAGAAGUUUGACAUUUUUCUCCUUACAAAAUAUAGCUUGAAAGUGUUAGUUCAAGUGAUAAAUUAAAAAAAAACUAGAAAGCUGAAACCAAUCAACGAUUUACAUUUGCCAUAGGCACAACCUUAUUAAUUUAUUUAUUGUUAAUUUAAACUUCUAAAACCACUUGGAAGCCUCAGUGCACGACCUUUUUGUUCCUCCCAUACAUAUUUAUACUAGAUCACCCCUUAUCUAACAGAAUUUUAAUUUUCUUUCAACUAAAUAAUUCUUUAGUAACAAAUAUUUCGAUCAUUAAAACCUUUAAAAAAUACUUAUUUGUUUCUUUUUUCGUUAAAAUGUAAAUAAAUUGUUUUAUUUCUUUACUAGAACAGGAAAUAAACAUCUAACAAUAUUUAAAAAUCAUAAGUGACAAGUUAGUUACGCUCUGCAUAUUUUUUUUAAAUAUCUGUUACAAUGAACGAUUAAAAAUUUCGACAACACAAAAAAGAAGAAAGAAAACAGUUAAAUGCAUAACGUUAAUAAGUGUGUUUUUCGACAAUAAGGGCUUAAAAUAAUAUCAUAAAUUGAACAUAUUUGUUAUCGACUAGAAGAAUUAACUAAAUAUUUUGAAAGAAAUAAGUUAAAUAGCAAAUUAUGAACAUAAUACAGUUGGAUAUUAUAAAAAAAAAGCCUAGAGUGAUGUAAAAAAAAAGAAACAAGUUUGAAAUAUAGAUAUAUACGUGUACACAGCACAGCAUGUAUAUCGUCUAUAUAUAAAAAAAAAACAAGAUCCAAUAUACCAAAAGAAGUAUAUAGUUCUAGCAAACAAAAAAAAAACAUAAAGGUAUAGAAAACUGUUAAGUGGGAAGAACAAGAACUAAAACAAAAACGACAUCGGAUCGCAAUAUUUCAACUAUCUUUUCUUUUUUUUUUUUUUUU